AUGGACCUAAGCUGGUUUUGCUGGGAUGAGCUGGCUCUACAGGAAGUGCCCCUGGGAUCGGGCAUGGAGCACCCAAGCCGGGUCUCAGGCGAACCAGAUUUUUACAAUUCAAAGGCUUCCGCGUUAUCAGAGCCCAGAGACUUGGACCCUAGGACCACUGGGAUUGGAUGGAAAGCAUCAAUUUCACACCUUCCCGGGCUCCCAGCGAACGAAUGCGGCUCUGAUUUCCUGUCGCCUGAAUUUCCGUGGGGGACUGACUCCUCCUUGAACCUCCAGUGGUCUGGCGACUGGACCGACUCUGCGUGGCUCAACCCAGUCUCCCAGCCCUACGGCCCUACCCCCUUCACCUACCCUGAAAGCGCGGGGAUCGCGGAUCUUACCACUAACCAGGCCAGCUUCGCCUCGUGGGCCACCCCCUCUGUCCCAAGCGGUCCUACCCACUGGGAUUGCCCCACCGGCCCUUAUUGGGAGGGCGGGAACGCUGCUGCCAUGGAAUAUCCCACCUCCUGGGAGCUAAACCAGCCUUCAGAAUGUACCGCUCCCUCAAGUGGGUGCCCCGUCACAUCAAACUCAACACCACGCUCGGACCGCGCCUCCCGAGGCCCCAGGACUGGACACCGUGGUCCCAUUCAGCUGUGGCAAUUCCUGCUGGAACUGCUCCGAGACCGAGCGGGCGAAGGCUGCAUCCGUUGGACUGGGAAUAACCGCGAGUUCCAGCUAUGCGACCCGAAGGAGGUGGCCCGUCUGUGGGGGGAACGUAAAAAGAAGCCAGGAAUGAACUACGAGAAACUGAGUCGCGGGCUGCGUUACUAUUACCGCCGGGACAUCGUGCACAAGAGCGGUGGCCGAAAGUACACUUAUAGAUUUGGGGGUCGUGUUCCCGACCUGCCCUGA